AUGUCGGACUUUAGAAAGAUCAAUGUGGACAUCUACGACGAUGAGGCUCUGAAUGAUGAGGAUCUGUACGAUGCGGAUAUCAGAACUGCUGCGGACGUGCUGAGCUUGGCCAGAUCCAAAGCUGGAGAAGUGAGGGGAUUGGUUGGGAGAGGUGAUGCUGCGGGAGCUCUGGCUGUAGUGUUGGCUGAGCCUCCAUAUAGUCCAGAUGCCGAAGAAGCCAAGUCCUUGACACUCGCGACGAUCCUGGAAGUCUUUAACUCUACAAAAUCUUCGGACAUCGCUUCGGUGGUCAAGGCUCUGAAUGUGGACCAACAAGACACAUUGAUGAAGUUCAUCUACAAGGGAUUGGGCAAACCUGAAUUGGGAGCUUCUGCUGUACUUCUCAAUUGGCACGACAAGCUCACCGAGGUUGCUGGAACGGGGUCGAUCGUGCGGGUAAUGACGGAUCACAGACGAGUGUGA